UUAUCUUAGGGCCGGUCACACUGGUCUGUAACAAAAAAAAUUCUGUGCGUUUUUCAGUUGAUCUCCGAAAUUGUAAAUUCAAAAAAACUUGCAUUGCAUAGUAGAUAUCGUUGCUACAAGCAGAUAAUAGAGAAAAGCGCGUACUGAAGAGCACAACAGCCAGGAGAAAGUCGACUAUGAACAUGGACGCAGGCAACUCGGUGGAGAACCGUGAGAAGGAGCGGGAUCGUCGAGUGCGCGGAGCACGUGGCUCCCGCUUCUCGGACGCGGAUGGCAACGGAAACGCCGGUGGAAACCAGGGCGGCGGAGGCGGUGGCGGGGGCAACAAUGUUCGCGACCGGAGCCGCGAACGUCGCAACUGCCGGGUGUACAUUUCCAACAUUCCCUACGACUACCGCUGGCAGGACCUGAAGGAUCUGUUCCGCCGGAUCGUCGGCUCCAUUGAGUACGUGCAGCUGUUCUUCGACGAAAGCGGCAAGGCACGCGGCUGCGGCAUCGUGGAGUUCAAGGAUCCGGAGAACGUGCAGAAGGCCCUGGAGAAGAUGAACCGCUACGAGGUGAAUGGCCGCGAGCUGGUGGUCAAGGAGGAUCACGGCGAGCAGCGCGAUCAGUACGGCCGGAUUGUCCGUGAUGGAGCCGGCGGCGGCGGUGGUGGAGGUGGCGGUGGAGGCGGAGGUGGAAAUGGCGGCAACAACGGAGGAGGCGGCGGCGGCGGUGGCCGUGACCACAUGGAUGACCGCGAUCGCGGCUUCUCCCGCCGAGACGACGACAGAUUAUCUGGGCGUAAUAAUUUUAACAUGAUGUCAAAUGAUUAUAAUAAUUCGUCGAAUUACAAUUUGUAUGGGCUUUCUGCUUCGUUUUUGGAGAGUCUUGGCAUAAGUGGACCUUUGCAUAAUAAGGUUUUUGUUGCUAAUCUGGACUACAAGGUGGACAACAAGAAGCUCAAGCAGGUCUUCAAGCUGGCCGGCAAGGUGCAGAGCGUAGAUCUUUCGCUGGACAAGGAGGGCAACAGCCGCGGCUUUGCUGUAAUCGAGUACGACCAUCCCGUGGAGGCUGUGCAGGCCAUUUCUAUGCUGGAUCGUCAGAUGCUCUUCGACCGUCGCAUGACCGUGCGCCUGGACCGCAUUCCGGACAAGAAUGAAGGCGUCAAGCUGCCCGAGGGCCUGGGGGGAGUUGGCAUCGGCCUGGGACCCAAUGGGGAGCCGCUCAAGGAUGUGGCUCACAACCUGCCCAACGGUGGUCAGAGCCAGGGCCAGUUGCUGGGCAACUCGCAGCAAGGUGCUCCGCUGGGAUCGGUGGGUAGCCAGCCCAACAGCAGUGCCGUGAGCAACGCCACCACCAAUCUUCUCAACAAUCUGACCGGCGUGAUGUUCGGCAACCAUGCGGCGGUGCAGCCCUCACCUGUGGCUCCUGUGCAGAAGCCCAGUCUGGGCAAUAAUGCUGGCGCCGGCGGUCUUAACUUGAACAAUCUCAACCCCAGUCUGCUAGCCGCCGUGGUUGGCAACCUUGGAAGCCAGGGAGGUAAUUUAAGCAACCCCUUGCUGACUUCUUCGCUGAACAACCUGGGUCUCAAUCUGGGCAACUCUGGAAACGAUGACAGCCUGGCCCCAAGCAACGUAGGCUUGUCGAACAACUACAGCAGCGGUAGCGGCGGUGGUGGUGGCAACAACUACAGCUCCGGCAACAACUACAGCGGUGGUGGCGUCUCCGGAAACGUUGGCUACAAUGCCUACAGCAGCUCUGGCGGAGUCGGCGGCGGCAACGGAGGAGGCGGCGUGGACAGCAACGACUACAACUCGGGGAACCAGUUGGACCUCUAUGGAGGCGGCAGCAACGUGGGCAACUCCAACGUUGGCUCCGGCAAUGCUGGCGGUGGGUCGCGCAAGUCGGACACCAUCAUCAUCAAGAACGUUCCAAUGAGUUGCACCUGGCAGACGUUGCGCGACAAGUUCCGUGAGAUUGGAGAUGUCAAGUUUGCUGAGAUCCGCGGCAAUGAUGUGGGGGUGGUGCGGUUCUUCAAGGAGCGCGAUGCCGAGCUCGCUAUAGCGCUCAUGGAUGGCUCCAGACUGGAUGGGCGCAACAUUAAAGUAACUUACUUUUAAGUUUGGCAUUUAAGUUCCGAAUUCCUCGGUUCUUGGCCCCAAUCAAAACUUCAAGCAUUGACCACACAUCCUGAGAUGACCAACGAGAGCCGAUUUUCCUUAUUUCACGCGCAAUACCGAAACUAUUGUAAUCGAAGGCACUAAGAGCUCACCCAAACGAAUGCACCCACAUAUUUGUAAAACUUUUAUAUAUAUACGCAUAUUAUUAAACACUAAUAUUAUGGUUAUUGACGUUCCAAAAAAGAAAAUGAAUCCCCCAUAAAUCUGAAGACGCGAUUCAAAAUAUUUUUAAGUCAUUGAAUUAAAGCCAAUAAAAAUAUGUAAACCCCUGAA